AUGAGUGGCCAGGCCUCGUCCUCGACCGCAGCCGCGCCCGGCGCUCCACAUCCACGGCCGCAAGGCAGGGCGCCGAAGGAGCACACGUGGGAUGGAAGCUACGGGGAGAGCGGUGCCUGGCUGCACAACGUCACCGGGCUGCCCUGGGCCAAGGGCGGGCGAUCAGCAGCCUCGAUGGCUCAGCAGCGCGAGCGCAAGCGCGAGGACAAGCGCGACAGGAGCGGCAGGCCGGAGGCGUCCGGCGCGCAGAAGCGCAAGAAGGGCGCGGUGGAGGCGGAGCGGCGCGACAGGAACCGGCGGCUGAACGUCAUCAACCAGUACCGCACAGCGGCUCGCAAGAAGAAGAAGAUCCCACUCGACUCGAGCCAGGUGGCGCGCACUAGGGAGGAGAAGCGGCUUCUGGGCGACAAUUUCGUGCACGAGGGCCAACGCGUGCGC